AUGCCCGUCGACGCUGAUGUCAAGUGGACCAAUAUCGCGAGUCUACAGGAAUACAAUGCUGGUACAAACGAAGGGCAGGAAAAGGGCGGGCUGAUCGUGGGGGCGCCCACUGCGCUGACGUGCAGGUUGCCGCUAGCUAUCGCAGACCUUUCAGCCAGCGUGGCUUUUACGUGGUGGCGGGCGAUGGCGAGAAAGCUUUACAAGGAAUACGGCCGCCGAGGGCGGCGACUCUUUGCGCAGUUUAGUUACUGGACAAUCCAAUCGAUGUAUUGUGUUGGUUGGGUUGGUGGCCAGUAA